AUGGAACAAGCAGACAAACGACAGUUUUUCAACACUUCUUGGACCAUCCACCGGCUCUCCCCUCUCCAUCAUGGGAAGGACUAUAAAGCCCUCCUAGACAACCAGGUCGCGUUAGAAACAUAUGCAACGCGUCUACGAGACCAUCUCACAGGCGAUGUCCUCGCUGGUGUUCAUACAAGCACUGGUGCAGCAGACGACGACGCGUUUUCCAAAACAGGCGCCCUAAAAAAUUGUCUAUGGCGGCCAAUCUCUUCUCAACCAUCGCGCGACGAAGCGCCAAGCAGAUCACAGAGUAUCACAUUUCCUGGGAUUCUAGUAACACUAGAAUAUGAAAACAUCAUCUACAAAGCAGCUUUGCUCGCAGACACAAAAUCACCACCAACGCAGCGCACGGGAUCCACAUCUCUCCCUCUCCUCCUAACCCGAUUCCCAACUGCGCUCCGGCAAACAUUCCUCACCUUCCUAUCUACCAAUUUCGAUACCUACUGCUCGCCACUCCGACUGCCGUCGAGCUUUAUCUGCGCGGGUCUGGAGAAAUACGUUGACACCCUGCGCACUCAACGGACAAGUACAAGCGACACAGUCGAAGAUAUUAUCAAAGAGUUACAGCUCACGCUCUCCUUUUCACCGUCUAUCGCACCGGCGCUGAGAUCCCUCAAUGUCAGCAUCACGCGCGCUUCACUAGCGGACUUCCUGCGCGAUCAGUCUGGACAGUCGGCGCCGGAAUCACGCCUUCAGCAUAAACUGCGCAGUCCUCUCAUCGCCAAUCUUACUUCGUACCUGGAGACGCAUCUUGCCAUGAAGCUGGAUCUGGAUGGGUCGUCUUCGGACCAGGUUGCUAAGCAGCAUGUGCGACUAUCGAAGGUUGCAUGUGCUGCUUUCGUUUUGGGUGGCGAAGGACGUGUGAAACUGGUUGUGGCUGCUGAUAGGGAUGCCGGGGAUGAGGAUGGGGAUGGAGAUGAGGGCGCUCGAGUUCAAGGCGACAGUAAUGAACUUGUUUCGGGGGCGGCGGAAGCGCUUCUGCUCGAGGUGAUCCGGAAGGCUGUUGUGGAGGAUCAUUCGGCUACGUGA